AUGCUGUCUCACGCCAGGAUUAUGUUCCGCAAGCUCCGUGGUAGUGGCAGCCGUAGCAGCCGUGGCAGCGAGCCCGCACCAUCAGCGCCGGCCACGACAGCCGAGAGCGAAACUGUCGACCCAUCCCCUCGCGCCAUCCAUAUCAGCGACCUGAGGCGGCCACACUCACCCACCAAGCUACCCUCUGAUUCACAGUUCAUGUCCAUUAUCGUCGUGAAUGCCAAAGGUGCCGCCGACUCGUUGCAUCUUUACAGGAGAGAAGCGUUACGGCGAGUUCGACCUACGGAUGACUUCACUACAGAUUACUUUUGCGAUGGUUACCUCUACAAUAUCUGCUUCAUCCCGUCUAGCAACCUGGGGCAGUGCUCAGCUUACCUCUGCCUCAUGAAGCAUUUCUGCCUCAUCUUCACGUACGACGCUUCAUCGAGGGAAUCAUGGAAUGAAAUGGUCACUGCCUGCGAGAGGAUGCGCAGCCGCUGCGAAGAAGACAGGAUCCUCCCCUUUCUUGCGACAAUGAUCGCCGCCAUGGGUGAAGGUGAAGCCACCGUGUCACACGCGGAAGCCAAGGCAUUUGCUACCCAGCGGGACUGUCUCUUUGUCAAGGUCUCACCCGCAACUGGGCGCGGCAUUUGCGAUGCGGUCAGCUCGCUAGUCGAGCUGGCGCACGGCGCUCGUGAUCAAUAUGCUAUGGAUCAGGAGGGUUAUACCCAGAGGUACAAGAGGGCGGAGGCACUUCAGGCAUUAUUCCCUGCCAGGGAUGCCCAGCUCAAGACUGGCAUCAUCAUGGACGAACGUGGUACCGCCGCUAAGACGGUCAGCAAAUACAGCAAAUAUAUUUGGUGGGACGCUGCUCACAUGCGCUUGGUUCGUCGCCGUAGCCCAGUCACCAGUCUUGCAUCCCUGUCUGCCCACUAG